CCCCUAACGCUCCUCUUCACCUUCCUCCACUGACAAGCCCAGCCACCGAUCCCCCAGCCCUCAUCUCACCCCAACCCCUCCCCUUCCCCUUCGCCCCCACCCACCAACCUAUCCAACGGAAUGUCUGACGAAGAGAUCUUGCUCGGGGACAUCGUCUCUGUCAACCACGGCUUCUCUGGCCGCAAGGAGGGCCUCGUCAUCGGUUCCCACAUCGACUACCUCGGUCGCCAAAUCGUCGAGGUCCAGCUCGAGCCUGGCGAAGUGUACCACGCCUGGUACCCCACCGUGACGCGCGUCAAGCGCACGAUCGCCGUCCAGCGCCCCGCCAUGCUCCCCCCUGCCCGGAGCCACCGCACGGUCGAGCGCCGCAUCUACUGGUAGGUGCGCAUGCCGACGUGCGACACGGACACGACGCGACUCUUCUACUAUUCCUCUAUCUAUCAUCUCUCUCACUCCGGGGCGACCGUCCACACACAACUUACUCUGGGAUUACCGUCAUGACACGACCUACGUACGCACCUUACCAUGACCAUGACCCCACGUUUGCUGCUGCUGGCGCGAGCGCCGCCGGGGCGAGGACGGAUUCUACGACUUGUACAAUAUCGGUUCACGACACAUGAAUAGAUGAAGGGCCUGGAACUCUUUUUAUUCAUUCUUCUGCAAUGGCAUUCUUUUUGUUUGUC